UACAUGUGUAAACGUUAGGUAGCGUGUUCAAACGUGCGUGAGGCGAGUCGAUAGACGUGAGCGAAUAAUUGAACAAAUUGAAUUUUUUAACGGGUAAUCGGUUGAAAUUAUAUUUACAUUAUUGUCUUUUCGUUUGCGAGCCGAAAUCGAAAAUGGGAAAAUUGGACGUCACAAUGUUGCAGUAUUUAACUUAUGAUGACUUUCGCGUGUUAACAGCGAUCGAAAUGGGUAUGAAGAAUCAUGAACUUGUAUCUGCACCGCUUGCUGCGCAAAUAGCGCAUCUACACCAUGGUGGAGUCCAUAAAUUGCUAAGAGAUUUGUGUAAACACAAACUACUCAGCUACGAACGAGGAAAGAGAUAUGAUGGUUAUCGUUUGACAAAUGCGGGCUACGACUACUUGGCCUUGAACGCCUUGACAAAAAAAGGCACAAUAGCUUCCUUCGGCAAUGAAAUUGGUGUUGGCAAGGAAUCCAAUAUUUAUGUUGUUGCUGAUGAUGAGCAAACUUAUUUGUGUUUAAAACUACACAGACUUGGUAGAACAUGCUUCCGAAAUAUAAAGAAAAACAGAGAUUAUUAUCAGCAUAGGCGUGCAGCAUCCUGGUUGUAUCUAUCAAGAAUUUCAGCUACCAGAGAGUUUGCAUAUAUGAAAGUACUUUUAAAUAGAGGAUUCCCUGUGCCAAAACCAAUUGCUCAUAACAGACAUUGUGUUGUCAUGGAGCUGAUUGAAGGUAGACCUCUGUGCAAUGUAAAGUACGAUGAAGUAGAUGAUGUGGAAGCAUUGUAUGACAACCUUAUGGAUUUAAUUGUGAGACUGGGAAAUCAUGGUGUUAUACAUGGAGACUUCAAUGAAUUUAACAUAAUGAUUAAAGAUGAUGGCAAGCCUGUUAUCAUUGAUUUUCCACAGAUGAUUUCCAUUGAGCAUACCAAUGCAGAAUUUUACUUUGAAAGGGAUGUGAAAUGCAUUCACUAUUUCUUUAAGAAACGUUUUGGUUAUGAAAGCGAAUUGUAUCCGACUUUCCAAGAUAUAUUACGCGAGGACGACAUAGACAUUGAAGUCAAAGCUAGUGGUUUGACAAAGCAGAUGGAAAAAUACCUCUUGGGAGAAAUAGGUUUUGAGAAUAAAGAGAAAAAUGAAAAAGAAGACGACAGUAGUGAAGAUGAAACGUACGAGGCCUGUAUCAAUCUUGAAACUCGAAUAAAAGAUUUACAAUUAAAAGUUACGGAUGUCAUGGAAACACGGUGUGACGUUUCAACAGUUGAAACGACGAUGAAAACAACAUUAAAUAAUGAUCACGAAUAUUCGGAGAAUAUAUCCGCGACAUCACAGUCCGAGAAAGAAAACGAUACAAAGAGUGAAUGCAAACUAAAUGACGAAACCGCAGCUGUAGGAAACGUAAGAACCGGCAAAAAACAUAACGAGACAGUGUUGCGUAUUUUACCAUCCAAAGUUGAUUCUUACGAUGAGCAAGAACAAAACGUCUCGAGUACUGAAGACGAAACAGCCUCUAACAAGGAUUGUUUCGCCACGCAAGAACAAAACGUCUCGAAUACUGAAGACGAAGCAGCCUCUAUCAAGGAUUGUUUCGAUACGCAAGAACAAAACGUUUCGAAUACUGAAGACAAAGCAGCGUCCAUCAAGGAUUGUUUCGAUACGCAAAGCAUAUGUAGCACCUCGACACGAUCUGGCACGAUCCCGCGGCACGAGGUAAGGAGAAGAUUGAAAUUGGAGCGCGAGAAACGCGAGAGGAAGAAUCAACGGAAAGUAGUGGCUAAGGGAGAAGCAAGCGCAGUAACGAGAAUACGAAGGGACAAUAGAGCUACGAUUAAAGAGUCCACGGGAAUAUGGGGGUGAAAGUGAACUAACGCUACGUAUCGACUUUGGUCGUUUGUUGUACAUUAUAUAUAUCACUACACAGUAAGGUAAUGUGUAAGAUAACACAUACAUAUAUACACAUUAUAAACAACUAUAGUUAGCCGUGGAUAAGCAAUGUUAUUUUUAAUUUUAACGACGAGUAAAGCCAGUUUACAAAAUUAACUAUAAGAAUGUCGUCAGCGGUCUAGGGUUAACGGUAUAUCUUUGGUAUAUAUAACUUGAUACAAAAAAUAUACACAUUUCCACAGAGAUAUCACAGAGAUCUCCAAAGAGAGAGAGAGAGAGAGAGAGAGAGAUGUUUUUUGUUUGCAACGUAUUUAUAUAACUCUUGUUUGCGUAAUAUGUUGUCGCAGUCGAGUUUACAGGAUUUACGUAAUUGCAACUUGUGUUUGCAACUUGUGUUUGCUCUUUUGACAUUACCGUUUAUGUUGUGUGUUAUUGAGAUCCCAUGAAAAUUUAGCUGCACAUAGAUAAGAUAGCAGACGCGUCGUAAAGAAGUCGAAGCAUCAUUUACAUCAAAAGGCCGAGUAUUUCUGAACUCCCAGAUUACAAGAACUGGAUGUGCGAUUUUUCAUUCGUCUCACUUGCAGGUCAUUUUCUAACAUCCACGCGAGCACCGACCACUAUCGAACCAAUAUAUAAAAUUACACGAAUCGUCUCAUUUCCCGAUAUUACAUAGUAAUUCGUUCUGGUUACUGAAGAUUUAUAUCAAAUCUAUGUGAAUUAUUAAUAAACAGCUCUACUUUGAACAUUAA